UUUAGUGUACACAGCUAGCGUCACGUUGUAUAGACAGACACUGUAGGGCCCGGAGAGACAGGAGAUCUAUGCCUGGAGUCCAUUAUGUGAAGACUAUGUGACUGCGAUACAAGGUUAAAUGUAUUUGAGAUAUCUACGUAUCUCGCAUCUGAGACAUCUAUGUCUGCCUCUGGAGCAUAUCAUCUUGUGAUGGGAGACGUUUACCUGCCUGAGGAAGACCUGGAUAUUGAGAUCAAUUGAGAAACUGGAGACGACAUAACGAUCAAUGUGAUAUUUUUGAAGAGGGAUCACAUACACAGCUUAAGAGCGGACAUUUAGGGGGGAAUGCCUGCUGUUUCCUUUAAAGCAUCAGAUGUGAGUCCGGCGUGCAGCGAGAUGAACGCCAACCCGAAGUCAUCACAUUGCAGUCACUUUGAUCAUUAAAUCCUGGUAGAUGGACACAUUGAUUCAAGCUAUAAUCGACUAAAGACAACUUUGGAAUAUUAAUUUCAAAUCGGGGAAAGCGAAAUAACAACACAUUUUAUUUGUCAGCUAAUCGUUUGAAUCUUUGAAGAAAAACUUCAUAACAUUGAACCAUGAAUCUGUGGAAUCUGGAAGACAUCAGAACCUUCAACAACAGAAUCGUGCACUGUGAAGCCUGAAAGACAACAGAAUCUUGCACUGUGAAACCCCAGACAACAGAAUCGUGCACUGUGAGAACCCCAGACAACAGAAUCUUGCACUGUGAAACCCCAAACAACAGAAUCUUGCACUGUGAAACCCCAAAGACAACAGAAUCUUGCACUGUGAAACCCGAAAGACAACAGCAUCUUGCACUGUGAAACCCGAAAGACAACAUAAUCUUGCACCGUGAAACCCGAAAGACAACAGAAUCUUGCACUGUGAAACCCCAAAGAAAACAUAAUCUUGCACUGUGAAACCCGAAAGACAACAGCAUCUUGCACUGUGAAACCCGAAAGACAACAUAAUCUUGCACCGUGAAACCCCAAAGACAACAUAAUCUUGCACUGUGAAACCCCAAAGACAACAGAAUCUUGCACUGUGAAACCCCAAAGACAACAGAAUCGUGCACUGUGAAAACUAAAGACAAUAGAACCAAUACAGCUUUGGAAAGAAACACCUACACCUUGAACUCUAAACCGAAAUUGAAACACCACUGGAGUGAAAAUCAUUCAAAGUUUAUAAAACGUCCGCAUGGUUGUGUCAGAAUACCUGGAAUUGUGUUGAAGCAAAAGCAUAGUCAACGGGCAAGAUAGUCGCUGUGCCAUAUCAUAUACCCCGCGCUAGGCAUCUACGUGAUUUUAAAACAAGUGUUGCCUGUCGAUACUAAUCAAUGCUUCUUUCACCUGAUGUUGUCGACGAAAGGAAUAGCACGGAAACUAUACACGACUUGAUAUUAUAGAUUAUCAGACAACUGUCACGAUAGGAAGCAUUCAUGCAUGUUAUUCGGCGCCUCAAUGUCAUCCCUCACCAUGAAGAGACACUACGCCAACACUACGUUAGUCUACCAAAGAGGCGUGAAGCUGUUCGUCAGUUCUACACCCAGUAUGUUGCGGCUCCGGAUCAAGAGGCUCGUCAUGGCCAUAAUGGCGGCGUUGUUCGUGCUUGUAGUGUUACGGGCGAGUAUCGGCAGUUCCGGUUCCGGUCACACUUACGUCCCCAACAGCGAGCCCGCAGGGUUUCAGGAUUUAGCUGGUAGUCAUACGGUCCUGGAGCCGCUUAUCAUACACAAGAAUAUGGAACCAGUGCCCCCAGAGGAAGAACCUCGGCAGACAGAAAAGAAACCAGAGAAGAAGACAGAAGUGGAGAAGAAAAUGGCGAAAGUUGACCCGGCGGCCCCCGAUGAUGUCAUGUCAAUGACACAACCAAAUCUGCUGUCCAACUUUAAGAACCCAUGCUGGCGGGAGACAAAUGGUCCUAUCAGCAGGGUGCGCUGUUUGCCCUACUUUCAUCUGAUUGGUGUAGACAAGAGUGGCACUACUGACCUCUGGUACAGACUGAGUCAACAUCCUGACCUCGUCAAACCGAACGCCGUCCUGGGCAAGGAGACUCACUGGUGGUCGUGGCGCAGGUUUGGUUUUGAUAUUUGGGUUAACAAUGCUCGUAUUCAACAUUUCAACGAAUAUUUGAGUGCAUUCGACAAGCCGGCUUUGCAGAUAAACUCGACAACGCAAGCGUCGCACGGUAUCCCCGACUACCACCAGCUUGUCACAGGCGAGGGUAGCCCUACUGUGUUCUGGGACAUGACCGGAUGGAACAGGAUCCCCCAGAACAAUGACAAGACGAUGGACACCGCCUUACUGACGCCCCACUGUAUCCACCACCUCACACCGAAGGCCAAGUUCCUCAUCAUCUUCAGGAACCCCACAGACAGGCUGUAUUCCGACUACCUGUUUCUGCAGCUGUACCGUGCGCACAAGAAGCCACUGACAGCCCAGUCUUUCCAUACAGACGUACAGGAGUCGCUCCUCAUGCUGAAGCAAUGCCAAGACCAGCACACUCUCAAAGAAUGUCUUUUUAAUAAAACUUUACAUAUGAACAUACCGGUUCGUAUUCCUGUAAGUUUCUAUGCUGUGUACCUGAAAGAGUGGUUUAAAGUCUUCCCAAGAGAAAAUUUCCUUAUCCUGAGGAAUGAGGACUACUCCAAAGAUAUACGGGGACACGUAGAAAAAGUGUACAACUUUUUGGAGUUUAGUAAACUUCCUGAUCAAGAGUUGAAUCGCAUUGCCAAUAUGUCCCGCGCCUAUACUCGCAACAAGCAGCAUCAAGCAGCGGGAGAAAUGUUGGGCGAAACUCGAGAAUUGUUAAACAACUUUCACAAGGAUCUUAACAUAGACUUGGCGCAGCUUCUUCAGGAUGACCGGUUCAAAUGGACUGAUCCAGUGUUGAAAUAAGUGUUGAGGCUUAUAUUCUGUAUGAAUGAUAACGAUGGAUGUGUCUGGGAAUUACCGUGUCGCGUGUGGUGAACCUUUGUGGUAUAAGGGAGGUAACUCUGAAAAUAUAUUUAUAGCGACUCUUGGUGGUGCAGUCAGAAUUCAGAUCACACACAAAUUUCACAGCACUGGAUUCAUUCCGAUGUUCUCACGUGUGUGUUACGUGCAUGUUAAGGUUACAGUGUGUUUUAGUGACACCUUACAUGUACAUCUGUGUAAGAAGGAGCAGCUACAUUGCUUCGAGAGGGAGAACUGGUUCAAGUGAUGUUUCGAUGCAAUACUUGCAUCUUGGGACUGAAUCCUGCAUCUUGCAUCUUGGGACUGAAUCCUGCAUCUUGCAUCUUGGGACUGCAUCCUGCAUCUUGCAUCUUGGGACUGCAUCCUGCAUCUUGCAUCUUGGGACUGAAUCCUGCAUCUUGCAUCUUGGGACUGCAUCCUGCAUCUUGCAUCUUGCAUCUUGGGACUGCAUCCUGCAUCUUGCAUCUUGGGACUGCAUCCUGCAUCUGCUGUUGUGUAAUCACUAUGGGUUCACGGUGGAUUCAACACGAUGUACAUGUGUAUACUGAAGCAGGUGGACUAAGUCAAGCUGCUAUCACUACAUCGAAUGUACUAAGUCUUCGUGAUAUACAGGGAACACAAUAUACAGUAAGAUGUUCUACAUUUUCCUGUAUCGUGACGGGAUGGUUUUUUAUUGGGGUUGCUGAUUUUGUUCAAAAGGUACCCUGAUGUAUUUACGUUUAAUGUACAUUCAUUGUUUUCCUUGAAAGCCGACUGGCUAAAGGAGAUCCCACCAACAGAUUUGUUUGAUAUCAGGGAUUUAGGAAAUCAGAGGGUCAGACAAAACUUUGUUCUUACCUAUGCGAAUCAGAAAUUCCCGACUAAACAGUCUCUUAUGAGGCACAGGAACUUGUCCCUAGUUGAUUGUGUGACACUGAGAUUUCAACAUCCCUUCCUCGCCUAUGGUGAGAUAUAGGUGUGACAAAAGACAUUCCCUGGCCUAUGGUGAGAUAUAGGAGUGACAAAAGACAUUCCCUGGCCUAUGGUGAGAUAUAGGUGUGACAAAAGACAUUCUCUGGCCUAUGGUGAGAUAUAGGAGUGACAAAAGACAUUCUCUGGCCUAUGGUAAGAUAUAGGAGACAGACAUUCUCUAGUCUAUGGUGAGGUCUGAGAUGAGAGUAACUGCUGAAACUCCACUUUAGUGAAACAGGUUGAGAAUGUUUGGAUUACUAUUAAACCUUUAGCCAGUAUUUGAAAA